AUAUGGCUUGUAACCAGGGGGAGAGGGGAUCAGACUUCAAAUGACCGGAAUAUUUUCCCUUAGAGGGCAAAUGGGUCGACAACCACGUGCGAUUGUGCGUGUAACAAAAUUAACACCGAUCAUUCAUAUCUGGCAGUCGUUUCAAAGUCGAUCGAUACAAAGUACACCUUCCCUCUUUCUUCUUGUCGAAGCUAAAUAAUUUACACCCCCUCUAGGCAAUACGGAUCUCCCUCUCACGUGACCUGCAGUCGAGUUUCAAGAUGUCGAUGAGCGAGAAUUUUGCGAUGUGUCUGUUUACAUGAAACAUUGGAGAUUUGACUCUGAUCUUUGCCAACGCCGAGUACUGUCCUAGAUAUUAAUAGCUCCAAGUGUGUUCGAGCCAGCUGUUUGCUGUAAAUUGCUUUCUUAUCAAAUUCAAGGAUGGGUCAGACUCUCUCAGAGCCAGUGACCACAAAGGAGACAUCAUCCUGUUCAAACAAGUUGUACAAAGUUGGCUCUUCUUGUAUGCAGGGAUGGAGGAUAAACAUGGAGGAUUCACAUACAGAGAUUUUGUCUCUCAAAGAAGACAAAGGCACUGCUUUUUUUGGAGUUUAUGAUGGUCAUGGAGGUGCUAGGGUGGCACAGUAUUGUGGCAGAUGUGUCCACACAAAGAUCACCAGUCAUCCUGCUUGGGCAAAGGGAAACAUAUCAGAAGCAAUAAAAGGAGGUUUCUUGUCAUGCGAUAUAGACAUGCAGAAAGAUGAACAGAUGAAAGAUGAAAUGGCUGGAACAACUGCGAUAGUAAUAAUUCUCAAAAAUAACAAAAUUUAUUGUGGAAAUGUUGGUGACUCUAGAGCAAUUGCAUCAAAGAAAGGAGCAGUAGAACAGUUGUCCUAUGAUCAUAAACCCAGCAAUGAUGAUGAAACAAGAAGAAUCAUUGCUGCUGGUGGCUGGGUAGAGUUUAACAGAGUAAAUGGUAACUUAGCCUUAUCCCGGGCACUUGGAGAUUUCUGCUUCAAAAAGAACGAUAAGAAGUCUGCAGAGGAACAGAUUGUUACAGCUAUGCCUGAUGUUAUAACGAAAGAUGUUACUCCAGAUCACGAGUUUAUAGUAUUAGCCUGUGAUGGUAUCUGGGAUGUUUUGUCCAAUCAAGAAGUGGUAGACUUUGUGAGAACACGAAUAGCUCAAAGAAUGGAACCUGAACAGAUCUGUGAAGAGCUUCUCACAAGAUGUCUUGCCCCUGACUGUCAAAUGGGUGGACUGGGUUGCGAUAACAUGACAGUGAUUAUUGUGUGUUUUCUUCAAGGAGGAACUUAUGAAGAACUCUGCGAGAAGUGUUCAGGACCAAGUGACUCUAGUUCAUAUAAUGGCAAUAAUUCCCCACCUUUUUAUUCUUGACUUUGAAGUCAGCGUGGAUUCUUCAGUUUCUAUUGUCAGUGUGAUCAUUUUAGCAUCAAAAACAGCGUGUCGUUGGCGUUUCAAGCAUGUUUUAGAAUGGAGGAGAUAAACGGAGGAGGCCAGCACUUCAGAAACUGGAAACAUACAAGUUGUUCAGGGUUUUGACUGCCCGAGAAAACAUGAACAAAAACGAUAGUCUAGGAUGUCCAACAUUGGGCAGAGUUAACUGUACACAAAUGGAAUUUCAAGCCCUUGUGUGUUUCCAGGAUUUUUUUAUUGUUAUUUUAAGGGGAUAAAUUUGCUAAAGAAUAGAGAAUUGACAUUUCGUAGUUUACAUUGGACCAUCAUUGAUGUUCUUGGACCUGAAUUUGAUUCCUGGGUUCUUCCUUGGUCACACUUUGGAGAUGGUUAUAUCACAAGCCAAUUAGCUUGGACAGCUUGGCUAAUCCUGUGUGGCCAUGAGAUGGGAAGAUGUGUGGAAGAAAUCAGUUGAUUCUGCAUAUUGAUACAAGGUGAAUUUUCAACACAUCCGUUGCACUGUACACUAUACUCGGCACGACAGACCAGUUCUUUGUUCAGUUCCAAGACAAUCCUUCAGUUCACAAGGAAUUGGAUAUCAACUUGGAACCAAUUCAGACCACUUGGUUACAGUUCAUCUGCAAAGUCAGAGCCUUCAAAAAAAGACAAACUUGUGUUUCAGAGGUUGAGGAAAAAAUUUGCAAAUAAAUUAGUUACAGGACCUCACUGCAUGAA